AGGGAUGAUCUACCUACUCGAAAUGAAUGGGAUUUACGGCAUAGUAAGAACUAAAAAAAUGAGCUUCUUCUGCCUCCUCCCCUUUCCCCUCCCCUUCCCGUGGUCUUAUUGUUUCUCUCCCCACUCCGUCCAGCCGCCGAGAGGAACAAUCCGCUUGAAUCCUCCCUCGCUGGUAGUACUAGAGCACAAAUCCAGUCCAAUCCGAUGCACUACGAUCCAACCAACCACCAAAUCGAAGCUAACCACGCCGGCCGGAGGGGGAUCGAGGAGGAGGAGGCAAGAGUCGGAUCCGGCGAUCGACGGGCCACACGCCGGAGGUGCGGGGCGGAGCCGGAGCGCCGGAGGAGCCGCGGCCUCGGAGCAUCUCGGCGACUGGUUCUAGCUAGCUAGGGUUUCGAUCCAUCAACCGGGCCCCCAAUCCCGGCCAUGGAGCUGCCGCCGCUCAAGCUCAACGUCGCCCGAGGCGAGGACAGGAUCAGCGCGCUUCCCGACGAGCUCCUCCUCCGGAUCCUCGAGCGGCUCGGCCUGCGCCGGGCGAUCCGCGCCAGCACGGUCUCCAAGCGGUGGCGCCACCUCCCUCACCAGCUUUCGUUCGUGACACUCGACGUCCGCAGCUUCCGCCGGGCCACGCUGGUAGAGACCAUGGACGCGUUCACGGCCGCUUUGACGUCCGUCUGUGCCAGGCGCAACUGCGAGUGCCAGCGCGGCCGUGCCAUGGCUAUGAAGGCCAUCUGCCUCCGCUUCUUCCUGUCGUCGGCCUCUCAUCUGAGCUCCAUCGGCAGUGCUUCUCAAUGACGAGUGCUUUGCAUCUCAAUUUUCGCCACCAAAUGACAUGGAUUCACCCGGAACAUCCCAAGCAUCUCACUGCCAUAUUCAGAAAUCUUAUUGAAGUGUCUUUUUCUGGUAUCUUCCCUGAGUGUGAUCUGAGCUGGACCCUAUUUAUCCUCAAAGCUGCACCUGCCCUGCACAAGUUUAUAGUAAGCCUGUUACUCUACCUUCUUUUUAAUUUAAUUAAUCCACACCUUAGCCUCGAUAUCAUGACUCCGUCUAGUAUGACAGCCAGGUUUCCGAAUAUUCAGUAUUAACAACAAACGAGAAAGUUAAUCUGAUUUUCAAUCACUCACCAACUUGUGAUGUACAGAACCCUCUGCUCACGAUCUAUUGAACGAAUUCAAGGAUACAUAGUACUUUCGUAGAGAUUGGAAUGGGGAUUGGGAGAAGAGAGGUACAGCUUGGGGAAGAAGGAAGAAGGGAGAGUCUGAGGGGGGAUCGAGUUCCAAUUACAAUUCGCUGCCUUCUCCGGCUCAGCUACUGGGUAUUUACGCACUCUAUUACAUGGGUCCUCUUGCCCUACGAGAUGGGCCAACGGCCCAUACAUUUGAGUCAACUUUCGGCCUGCCACUUAGUAUCUGUCCCCUUCUUCUCCUGUCUGCUCCCUGAUGCGCCGUUCGUCAGCAAUAGAGCUCUAGUGCUGACAGUGCCGCCCUCUUGAGAUUUAGCCUGACCCCAGGCGAAGCUUGAUUGUAUCGUAAUCCUCCGAGGUGGCUGCCUCGGCUGGAAGUCCUGUCCACUGUACCAAAACCUGCAACAAUGCACUGUCACCUUUUUUGACUAAUUUCCUGUCCAAGAUCAUAUCUGGCUGCACGUUCAUACUGGAAAAAUCAACUGGGGCAGGCACAGUGGAGAAGACUGGUGUAUGAUCUGGCACAAAUUCUUUGAGUUGAGAGAAGUGAAACACGGGGUGGAUCUGGGCUGCUGCAGGUAGCUGAAGUUUGUAAGCAGCCGGUCCGAUCUGUUCCAAAACUUCAAAAGGCCCAUAGAAUUUAUAUGCUAAUUUUGUACAUGGUCGGUUGACUACAGUGUGUUGAGCAUAUGGCUGGAGCUUCAAAUACACCGAGUCUCCCACCGAAAACAUCAUGGGUGAUCUGUUCUGAUCUGCAUAG